AUGUUGAUGCUGCUGCUGUUGCUGCUGUUGCUGCUGCUGCAGCGACUUGAAGAGGAGACAUCGAGCCUCCGGCGUACAGUGGCUUUUCUUGAGGAGCAGCUACAGAAGCAGCAGCAGCAGCAGCAGCAACAGCAGCAGCAGCAACAGCACCGGCGGGAUGAGGGCCAAGCAGAUGGAGACACAUCCUCUGCUGCUGCUGCAGGAGGUGCAGCAGCAGCAGAAGCAAGAGUAGAAGCAGCAGCAGCAGCAGCAGCAGAAGGCGAAGAGGAGACAGAAAAGGCAGCAAAGCUACAGCGCAGUCAGGCUUCCUGCUGCUUCGAGGAAGCAGCAGAUGACCUGAUGGAGACAGAGAGACAGCAGCAGCUGCUGCAGCUGGAGGAGGCCCGUCUGCUGCUGCAGCAAAGUCAAGAACUUUUGCUGCAGCAGCAAAUUGCCUCGACUCCGCAGCAGCAGCAGCAGAAGCAGCAGCAAAGUCAGCAGCAGCAAAUGCAGCAGCAGACCCUUGUUGGUCCGCUGCAGCAGUCGGCGUUGCCGCACCAGCAGCAGCAGCAGCAGCAACAGGAGCAGCGGCAGCAACAGCAGCAGCAAGACCUGCAGCAGCAACAGAGGACCGCGCUGCAGUGCAUGCAAGAACAGCAACUGCUGCACCAAACCCCUUUGCUGCAGCAGCGGGGCGACUGCGAUCCUGAAGAACCGCAGCAACAGCAGCAGCAACAGCAGCAACAACAGCAGCAGCAGAAGCAGCAACAACAAGAACAGCAACAACAGCAGCAACAGCAGCAACCAGAAGAACAGCAAGCGAUGGAGCACAAAGAAGUGCUUACACUUCAGCAGCAGCAGCAACAACAACAGCAGCAGCUGCAGCAACAACAGCAGCAGCAGCAACAGGAGGAACAGCAGCAGCAGCAGCAGCACGAGCAGCAGGAUUUGCGUGAAGACAGUGAAAACCAGCGACUGAAUUGCUGCUAUGAGGUGUACGUACACCGUAAGUGCCGCAGCAGCACGUAUGGGGAGGAGAGACAGUUUGCUGCAGCAGCAGCAGCAGCAGCAGCAGCAGCAGCAGCAGCAGCAGCUCCAUUGCCUGUGUGCGCAUGCGAUGGGGGUUGUGCGGGAGGAGAAAGGAGACAGAAGAAGCAACGGAGACAAAAAGAGACAGAGAAGCAUCAUGUUGCUUUUGCUGCUGUCUCUAAUGCACACAAACAACCCAUAGAAAGACUCUGCUUCCUACAGCAGCAGCAGCAGGAGCAGCAGCAGCAACAGCAGCAGCUGCUGCUCGUUAGUGCAUGCAGCAAUACCCUCAAAGUGUGGGAUGCGCAGCAAAUGAAAUGCCUGUGGAGAUACACCCCAAAGUCUAAUGCUGCAGCAGCAACAGCAGCAACAGCAGCAGCAACAGCAGCAACAGCAGCAGCAACAGCAGCAACAGCAGCAGCAACAGCAGCAGAUGCAUGCAGACGCCCCACAUUCUGGGGCCUUGCUUCUGCUGCCGGAGGAUCUCUACUCGUUGCAUGCAUAGACAACACCAUUCAGGGAUUUGAUCUUAGAGGUGCAGCAGCAGCAGCAGCAGCAGGAAUAGCAGCAACAGCAGCAGCAGCAGCAAUAGCAGCAACAGCAGUAGCAGCAACAGCAGCAGCAGUAGCAACAUGCAGUUAG